UCCUCCGCGCGCGCACGCGCUCUGCGCGUCCGAGUUGUUUUUUUUUUUUGCGCACGGAGCCCUCCAAGCGGUGCGAGGACCCAAACCGGAGCCGAGCCACAGCGGCGGCAGCCGAGCCGGAUGAACCGGCGAGCGAGGGCGCCGCCGCCAUGGUUCUGGGCAAAGUUCGGGCGCUGGCCGUGUGCUUCGACACCAGCGACGAGAGCAACCUGCCGGUGUUCUCCGGCGGGGAGCUGGUGUCGGGCCGGGUGCUGCUGGAGGCGGUCGGGGACGUGCGGGUCCGCAGCCUGGACGUGACCGCGCGGGGGGUCGCCAAGGUCCGCUGGACCGAUUCGCGCAACGCCGGAGCCAACGCGGCCUACGCGCAGAACUACACCGAGGAGCUGGAGUACCUGAGCCACCGGGACACGCUCAUCGGCGACGACGCAGGGGAUUCGUCGUCAUCGGCGGCGGCGGCGGCGGACGACGGCGUCGUGAGCGUGCUGCGCGCCGGCCUGCACGAGUUCGCCUUCAGCUUCCACCUGCCGCACAUGGCGCUGGCGACCUCGUUCGAGGGCAAACACGGCAGCGUGCGCUACUGGGUGAAGGCGGAGCUUCAGCGUCCUUGGAUGCUGCCCCUCAAGGUCAAGAAGGAGUUUGUGGUCUUCGAGCACAUCGACAUCAACACGCCGCUGCUGCUGGCCCCCCAGGCGGGCAGCAAGGAGAAGACUUUGUGCUGCUGGUUGUGCGCGUCGGGCCCCAUCUCGCUCAGCGUCAAGGUGGCGCGCAAGGGCUACACGCCAGGCGACUCCAUCCGGAUCUUCGCCGAGGUGGAGAACUGCUCCACGCGAGCGGUGGUGCCCAAGGCGGCGCUGUACCAGACGCAGAGCUUCUUCGCCAAGGGGAAGGGCAAAGAGAUCCGCCGGCCCGUCUCGGACCUGCGCGGCGAGGCCCUGGCGCGGGGCCAGAGUCAGAGCUGGCGGGGGCGCCCGCUCAAGAUCCCGCCCGUGUCGCCCUCCAUCCUCGACUGCCCCAUCAUCCGCGUGGAGUACGCCCUCGUGGUGUACGUGGACGUUCCCGGCGGUCUCAACUUGUCGCUGUCGUUGCCGUUGGUCAUCGGGACCAUCCCGCUGCACGGCCGUCGCGACGGCGCCUCCGGCUGGCUGCCGACGGCAGAGCGCCCCGAAGCUCCGCCCAGCUACAGCGAGCUCGCCAUCUCGGAGUCGCACCGCCGCCACUUCCUGCGCGGCGUCCCUGAAUGGGAACCGGAACCGGAACACGCCAGCGCGGCGCUGCUCACGUGGACCCGUACCCGGAACCAGCGGACCCCGGGCGUCCCGCCACGUGCCCACCACGCUGAAAACUUCGAUCGUUGGGCUCGGUUGGCUCACGUGACCGAUGGAAGGCGGCAAAUUCCCCACAGGGCGGCGGCGGCGCCGCCCACUCGCCGGCUUCCUCUUCUUCUUCUUCUUCUUCUUCUUCUUCUUCUUCCCUUCGCACACGUCUGUAACCAGACCGCCCCCCCGCCCCACCUCAACGUGGCCGAAGCCGAAAGCACAACCGACCAACUGCAAAGAACCACAAGUCGCCUGUUUUGAGGUUUGCUCAAAGCAAAAUGUUGUUCCUCUCAAUAAUUGUUUGUUUUUGUUUUUUCACGACAGCGUCCAAAGAACGUAAAACUAUUGAAAAAAAAAAAAAAAAUGUUUACAAACGAGAACUUCGUCAAACGUCCUUGAAAGUUUGAGAGACGACAAAAGUGCAAUAUUUUUCCGAUUUUUAUAUUUGUCCUUUUUUUCAAAUCUGUUGCUCUUUCCAUCUUUUGUGCUUUAUGAUGUGAUUAUUGUGAUAAACUCGCUGUCAUGAUCAACCUUUUUGAUAGAAAAAUAAAAGUUCACUUGAUUUUGGAAUCCCGCUGCAAGCUUGAAAUCCGGGUUCUGACUUUGACGGUUUCAGAUGGAAAAGUUUACGGGUCGGCUUUGAUUUUUCAUUUUAGGUUUGAUAGAAUUUCAGUCUCCCGACGGCCUUUAGAAGCGCUUUUCCGCUAACACGGCUAACGUGCCAAUUAGCAUUUUAACACCGUGUCAGCCAUUUUUCGUUGUUGUUUUUAAUCGCUCGCUCGCUAGCAGGCUAACGUCUUCCCCGGCAUUUUUCACCACUAGGCAACGUUUCGAUUGGCUUUGCGGCGCCCGCCCACCCCCCGCGAUCUUGCGCUCAAAAGCGGGUACGCGCUCGACUGGUCGCCAGCCAAUCGGAGGGCGCAAAGAAACAAACGUCGUAGCAACGUGGCACGCGCGUUUCGGGGGUGGGGGCGGAAAGGCCGGACUCGAACACAAAACAAAAACAACCAUUUUCAACAAAGCAGUCAUUUUUUUUUUUAAUUAUGUAUACAUAUUGAUGUCAAUCUUUGACGACAGUGUUGUCGCGCACACGCAAAUCCUUGUGAUUAAAUACAAGAUUUUGGGGGGGGUGAAAAGAAAACUUGCGGGCUCGGACGUCAAGCAAGCUCGUGAGCCGGAAGGCCCCGGAACCGGUUCCUUCCGGCGGCUCGAAACGAGGGUUGGGCCUCCAAAUAUACAUUUUUAAUCAGCAAAAUAUUCAAAUGUGAACCCUCAAGAAAACAAACAACAGACACAAUAAAAAGAAGCCAAAUUGAAACCGGGGUCGGUCGGGCGGGCCUCCCGGUUGCCAUGGAGACGAGUCGCCAAUCGCUUGUGGCGUCACCAUGGCAACGGCGUGGCCUCCGUAAAUAAAAAACCUUUACUGUCCUGCAGUCCGAAGCUAAGCUAAAUGCUAACAUCCUCCACCCCACCCGUCACACAUGGCUUCCACGUGAUUGGCUCCAGCGCCCCAUCUGGCCCCGCCCCUUGACCCUCUCGGUCACGCCCACCGGGUCACCUUCCUUCUGACCUUCUGUCGAUCCUACUUGACCUUGCACUUCCUGUCACCUGAUGACCUUCGCUCGCUCCCAGUCGUGACGUCGCAACUUCGAAUCAAUUUGGAAUCUUUAGUUUGAGAUAAUUUUGACACAAAAUGGCUGCAAAACGGCUUCAUUCAGUUGAAAGUCAACAAUUAUUCAAUUUAGCAACACACAAAUGGGCAACUAUAGAUUGUAAGACGAAAAUUUUCAAAUUUCCAAGCCGAAAGUGAGGCUCCGCCCACUCCUCCCUCCCUCAACUGGUCGCCAGCCGAUCGCAGUUCACAUCGAAACAAAUUUCGGGUCUUCAAUCAAGCUACCCGGGCAGUAAUUGAGACGCGGGGCCGGAUUUGAACCCGCAACCUCCAACUGCGUGCCGCCAUCACGCAUCCGUCCAUCUCCUCGCGCUCACGGGGGGCUGCUCGGUCCAUCUAUUCCGGGGUGGGUGGGGAGACCCGUGAGGAGUUCCCGGGUCAUCUCCGGGGUAACGCCUCACCGGGGAGGGAAUCCCAAUCAGAUGCCCCGCCCACCUGACGGGCCUCCUCUCCAGCGAGAUUCUCGCCCGGACACCCCGUUUGGGCCGCUUGGGUGUAUAAAUAUUAAUUAUACACACAAAGACAUUUUUGAAGGGGAAAAAUUUCUCCGCGGAAAAAUUGUAUUGUUUUGUAUUCAAAGAAAAAGACCUUACGACCUAGUCUUUUUUUAAUUUAUAUAUACGAUUUUGAGGCAUUUAGUCAUAUUUUCAAAAAAAUGUAUCAAUCUUCAUCUUUAAAAAAAAAAGUGGACACAAAAGGCUUUUCUAAACAAAAGCGUUUUGCAUUGCUUUCUCGUUAAG